ACUUAUCUCGCCGGGCUCACACGUGCCCCCCAUGCGUGCUCUCGAUCAGCAACAGUCCGAAUCUGACGGUCGUCACCUGUGGACCCACCGUUACUUCACUCACACGAAAAAGCAGUAAAAUGGCGAUCUGACGGUUAGCGAUCGGGUCGCGCUCGAUAAGCCCGUGUCUCCACUUGGCGCACGAUAGCUCACACCUGAUGUAAAAGCUACCGUCCUCCAUGGAUGCGCAUUACUCAUCCCUCCCCUGAACCUCCCCGCCCGUUUCGGUCUCUGCAAAUUUUCUUUGAAUUUCGAGCACUAAUCUUCGUCGGAAUUCGUAGCGAUUCCAACUCAACUCGAUUUUUCCUCCGGUGGUCGCCUAUCAAGAAUGUGAUCAAUUGGGAGCUUAUAGAUUUCAGAUGAUUUGGAGUGAAGCCUGAACGAAACAUGCUAGCGUUCGGUGCAAAUUAGUUUAACUUUCCCAAUCUUAUCAGAAUGUAAGUGCAGAUUUAUAAUGGUGUGGAGUAAAUUACACUCUGGUCAAUCAGUAGGAAGCAAACAUGCAACUUCACAUUUAUUGCAGCCAUAAGUCAGUCGUUCUUUUUGGAAACUGGAAUCCGUCCAUUCAUUGUUGUUUCCCCUUUAGAAACUGAGAAAAAGGGAAGGGUGGAGAAGUGAAAAAAUGAAGUGGACGAGAACUUUAUUGAUCUAUCUGCCUAAUUAACAUCGAGGCACUAUAUCUGCAGUUUCAUUUAUUGAUUUUAUAGCAAUGUCUGAGUUAAGAAGUAUUGUAAAAGAAACUUCUGAAAAUGGCACAGAUCUGUCUCCAGAUGAUAUUGGCACCAUUGAGGAAAUGCCUGAACACACAAUUUUGUCACGGCAAACUUCUGUGAACCUUGUCCCAUUUAUUGGCCAGAGAUUUGUUUCACAGGAUGCUGCCUAUGAAUUUUAUUGCAGCUUUGCAAAGCAAUGUGGCUUUUCUAUCAGACGUCAUCGUACUCGAGGGAAAGAUGGUGUAGGUAGAGGAGUUACAAGGAGGGAUUUCACCUGCCAUCGUGGUGGCUUCCCACAGAUAAAGCCAUCUGAUGAUGGAAAGAUGCAGCGAAAUCGAAAAUCUUCACGUUGUGGAUGUCAAGCAUAUAUGCGAAUUGUUAAAAGGGCAGACUUUGAUGUCCCUGAAUGGCGUAUCACUGGAUUUUGCAACAUCCACAACCAUGAACUCAUGAAAUCAAAUGAGGUGCAGCUACUUCCAGCCUACUGCCCCAUGUCUGCAGAUGACAAGAGUCGGAUUUGCAUGUUCGCAAAAGCAGGGAUGUCAGUGCGACAAAUGUUAAGAUUAAUGGAGCUAGAGAAGGGUAUUAAGCUGGGUUGUUUACCAUUCACGGAAAUAGAUGUGAGGAACCUGCUGCAGUCUUUUAGAAAUGUGGAUCGAGAUAAUGAUGCCAUUGACCUCCUUAUGAUGUGCAAGGAGAAGAAGGAUAAAGACCCAAACUUUAAGUACAACUUCAAGAUGGAUGCACAUAACAGAUUGGAGCAUAUUGCAUGGUCGUAUGCUUCAUCCAUUCGAUUAUAUGAGGCUUUUGGUGAUGCCAUAAUAUUUGACACAACCCACCGUUUAGAUGCCUACGAUAUGCUUCUUGGAAUUUGGGUUGGAGUGGACAAUGAUGGAGCUACUUGUUUUUUUGGUUGUGUGCUUCUACAGGAUGAAAAUAUGCAAUCUUUUUCUUGGGCAUUAAAGACAUUUUUGGGCUUUAUGAAUGGAAAGGCUCCGGAAACAAUUUUAACUGACCAAAAUGUGUGGCUUAAGGAAGCACUUGCUGUGGAAAUGCCUAGGACAAAGCAUGCCUUUUGCAUUUGGCAUAUCAUUUCAAAAUUUUCAGAUUGGUUUUCUGUCCUGCUUGGACCACAGUAUGAUAAAUGGAAAGUUGAGUUCCAUCGCCUGUACAAUUUACAGUCAGUGGAGGAUUUUGAAGUAGGAUGGAGGGAGAUGGUUGACACUUAUGGACUCCAUGGAAAUAAGCACAUUGUUAGCUUAUAUGCAUUAAGAGCAUUUUGGGCACUGCCCUUUUUGAGAUGUUACUUCUUUGCAGGAAUGACAAGUGCAUUCCAAGCAGAGUCCAUAAAUGCUUAUAUCCAACGGUUUUUGAGUGCACAGUCUCUUCUUGAUAACUUUGUAGAGCAGGUGGCUGCUGUUGUUGAUUGUAAGGAUCAAGCAGGAGCAAAACAGAAGAUACAACGGAAGACCAACAGAGUCUCUCUCAAAUCAGGUUCUCCACUUGAGUCACAUGCUGCUACCAUUCUUACACCAUAUGCCUUUUGCAAACUACAAGAAGAACUUGUGCUGGCUCCACAGUAUGCAUCACUAAUGGUAGAUGAGAAUUAUUUCAUUGUGAGACACCAUACGGAGAUGGAUGGAGGGUCCAAAGUAAUUUGGAUUCCUCAUGAUGAGUACAUUAGUUGUAGUUGCCAUCAGUUUGAAUUUUCAGGCAUUCUUUGUAGGCAUGUUCUUCGUGUUUUAUCAACAAACAAUUGUUUUCAUAUUCCUGACCAGUAUCUACCCAUUCGCUGGCGAGAUGUCAUCCCCCCUUUGAUGAAGCCAUUACACACUUCUACUUCUGGAGAACAUGUGGGGAAAGCCCAGUUAUUACAGUCCAUGGUUUCUACACUUAUAACAGAAUCAAUUGAGACACAGGAACGCCUUGAUGUUGCCUGUGAUCAAAUUUCCAUGGUGUUAUCUCGCAUCAAGGAAUUUCGAGGGCCAGCACAUGGUACUAAUGAUAUUGAUUAUAAUAGCCCUUCAAACUCAUUGAUUCUUCCAGAAGUUGAAGAUUCUGAUGGUAUUGUUCAAAGUUUUACCACUGGGAAUCCUCACGAGUCUAUGACUCUGGGGAAACUGAAAGAAAGAAGACCAAGAGAUGGGGUCGAUAUAUACAAGAAACGAAGGCGUUGUUCCAUGCCUUGCUGUGGGCAGUUUGGACAUGAUGCAACUGAUUGUCCAAUUCUAGGUGAUGAUUUGAAUGGGGAUGGUUUGGGGUUCUUGUAGGUAAAAAAUUUCUGGAAAUGGGUAAAAGUGUAAAGCAACUGCUGUCUAUGUUCAUAAGCCAAUAUUGGAAAUUUUUCUUUUUUCCCAAUGUAACUCCCCCUCGCCUUUUAAUCUUCUUUGCCUACAAGUUCCUUUUUAACGUGUUUGUCUAUGUGACCAGUGCCAUCAAACCACAUUCUGUUGUUCUCCUUGAGGUCAAGUUAAAUUUAGUGACAUACUCUUGUCUCUUCUGUCUGGUAGAUGAUAAAUUAGGUGGAAGUGCAUUCUCUGCAACAUGAACAAAGAUUUAACUUUCUUUCA